GCUUAGCGCGCAUUCACACAGGUCAGUAAGACCGGUGUGACACAUUGAGUUCCUGGUUAGUUUCCCCAAAAAUUGCUCAUAAUAUAAGCAUCUUCAAUCGAAAACACUUAAUUGUUUGCAAAAUACUUAUUCAAUGCAAAGGUUUUGUAUAAUAUAAAUUAAUGACUUGGUGCGCGUCCUUGGAUAUUCUGACUGAAAAGUUAAUUGGUCAUAGCCAAGGUCAAGGCCGUUUGUGUAAGCUGCUGCAAAGUCAAAAUGACUUCGUGAAUCGGAUUACAAGUUAAGUGUCAUAAACAACCGUUGAAAAUGGCUACCUGUCAAGUGCGUGUGCUCACCUUGAAUAAAGAUGACAACCUUGAACGCACUCUGUUUCGUCUGGAAAAAGGGUGGCAUCUAAGAUUCAUACUGGGGCCCUCCCUCCAUGCCAGCAAUGUGAGGCUGUUCUGUAACCACCCAAGGGACAAAACAGAGCCAUUUGAGAGGGCAACAUACUACGAGCUGGAAUGGAAGAGCUCCACUGGAUCUAAGAGCGAUAGUCACGAUGACUUCAGUGAAAUUUCCAUCGUCACUGCUGGAUCGUUUAACUACUUUUUCACUAUAGAUGGCAGUGGUCACAAUGCCAACGGGCAUGGGUACUUCCUUGUGGACCCCACAUUGUCAGUGGGUACAGGAGACGAGCAGCUCACCAUGGAUUGCCUACAGUGCCAGUCAGUCCUUGCCAAAUGCCUGGGUCCGUUCCACGAAUGGGAGGGACGAUUAUAUGUUGCCAAGGCAACUGAAUACAAUCUUAUACACCUGACGCCCAUUCAGGCACUCGGAACUUCCAAUUCCUCGUAUUCGAUUAAAGACCAGCUCCAGCUGAAUCCGAUGUUCGCGAACCACGGUCGGCAAAGCACCUUUGAGGACGUGGAGAGACUGAUGAGGAAGAUGAAUCAGGAGUGGAAGGUGCUUUGUAUGACUGAUCUCGUGUACAACCAUAGUGCCGACAACAGCCCCUGGCUUAUGGAGCAUCCUGAAUGUGGCUACAAUCUGGAGAACUCGCCCCAUCUGAAGCCUGCGUUCCUCUUGGAUCGGAUACUCUCUCAUUUCAGCAUGGAGGUAGUGGAGGGAAAAUGGACACAUCGGGGAAUACCCCCUGUCAUCAAGGAUGAGGGCACCCUCACGAGAAUUAAAGAAGUGCUGCAUCAUGAGAUAUUGCCUAGUCACAAAAUGCACGAGUUCUUUGUAGUGAAUGUAGAAGACAUAGUCAGGAGAUUCAGACAUGGCAUUGAAGAGAACAGGUGUAUCUCCACAAAUGCCCGCAGCAUUUCCAUCAUACAAGAUCCUCAGUUCCAGAGACAUCAGUGCAGAAUUGACAUGGAUGCUGCCCUCAAAAUCUACAAUAUUGACAGGCCGGGUAUGUCUAGUCGUACUGAGAGGAUCCAGGCCUGCUGUCAGAGUCUACGCUGUGACGUGGAGGCCAUGAACUCGGAGCGGGUGAACGCCCUGCUAGAUCACUUGAACACCGCAGUUAACAACUUCAUAGCCAACGCUCGCUAUCGGUUCCUCAAUCCUGCUGGUCCGAAACAUGAGAAGGUUUCCAAGAAACAUCCGUUGAUGCACGAUUACUUCAUCGUACCUGAGAAGUAUCAGAGAUCGCUGGCUGCAGAGGAGGGAUUCAUGUAUGGGGAUUCUGCCAAGUACAUUUUUGCCUGCAAUGGCUGGGUCAUGAAUGAUGAUCCCUUGAAGAACUUUGCAGAGCCAGGCUCCAAUGUAUACUUGCGUCGUGAGCUGGUCGGCUGGGGAGACAGUGCCAAACUUCGCUAUGGCAACAAGCCAGAGGACUGCCCCUACCUCUGGGACAGAAUGAAGACAUACACAGAGAUGACUGCACGUAUGUUCCACGGAGUGCGCCUUGACAACUGUCACAGCACACCGCUACAUGUGGCAGAGUACAUGUUAGAUGUGGCAAGAAAGAUACGUCCUGACCUCUAUGUCGUCGCUGAACUCUUCACUGCCCAUGAAGGUCUUGAUAAUCUCUUCAUUAAUAAACUCGGAAUCAACUCACUAAUUAGAGAGGCCCUCUCAGCCAAAAGCAGCCAUGACCUUGGAGGUCUGAUCCACAGGUAUGGGGGCCAACCUGUAGGUGCCUUCAUUCAGCCCCGAUUGAAACCCCUGGUCCCCUCUAUGGCACAUGCCCUUUUCUAUGAUCAGACCCAUGAUAACCAAUCGCCCGUCACGUUGAGGUCAGCUUUUGAUAUGCUUCCAAAUUCUGCCCUGGUUGCUAUGGCGUGUUGUGCAACCGGCAGUAACCGUGGUUAUGAUCAGAUGGUCCCCCAUCAUAUUGAUGUAGUGCUUGAGGACCGCAAGUACAUGUCUUGGGCCGACUGGGACUUCCCUGACCGGCCCUACAUCAACCAGACGUUUGGAAUCACUCGGGCCAAGACCCUGCUCAACAAGCUCCACUUCAUGCUGGGAGCCGGCGACGUGGACACUGGCAGUGCCAGCGAGAGGCACAACUUCUCACAGGUCUAUGUAGACCAGAUAGAUGGGGACACUGUGUCCGUGACUCGACACAACCCGGUCACCCAUCAGUCGAUCGUGCUCGUGGCCCGCACUGCCUUCCAUCAACCCAAGGAUCCCACAACCACGCCACACAUACGACCUGUCAUCAUACAGGGAGUGAUAGAGUCGAUCUUGUUUGAGAUCCAAACCUGCCACACUGAGGCUUAUGCCUAUAGCAAAGACCCAGACUUCAUCAACGGCAUGCCAGACUAUUACCUCAAAAUGCAGGAGAACAUCCCACCCAGUCUCAGCAAGCUGGUCUCCGUGGAAACAAGCCCUGACGGAAAGUUCAGCAUUGUGAAUCUGAACACUUUCACCCCUGGCAGCGUGAUUGCAUUCAAAAGUGUUCUGCCAGCCAAAGCCCACAAGGCCAUUCUGGAGCUACGUCGAGGCCUGGGACAGUUUGGGUACAUGAUGAGGUCCUACAGUGGACGGACGAUGUUUGAUGAGACGUUUGACACCUCCAAUUUCCGUGCCAUAGUUUCCAACUUGACCCUGGCGGACCUCAACACUGUCUUGUUCCGUUGCCAUAGCGAAGAGGAGGCUGAUGGGAAGGGGUUUGGCGUCUACAACGUCCCUGGUUAUGGCGAUAUCAAAUUCUGCGGUCUCCUUGGGGUGUCUACUGUCCUUGGCUCAAUCAGAGCCCACAAUGAUCUAGGUCACGCACUGUGUAACAACCUACGGGAGGGUGAUUGGCUGCCUUCGUACAUUGCCAAACGUUUACUGGUCCAUCCUGGGACCUACCAUCUGGGUAAAUGGUUUGAGAACAUCUUCCAUCACCUAGCUGACGUGCCACGCUAUCUGAUACCCUCCUACUUUGAUGCCAUCAUCACAGGGGCCUAUGUCAUACUGAGAUCUCACGCCUUCUCACUUAUGUCAGACUUUGUAGCAGAUGGAUCCACAUUUGUUCAAGCUUUGGCCAUUGGCUCAGUAAUGUUCUGUGGCCACGUGAAGAACUCCAGACUUCCCCAGCUCUCUCCCAAUCUGGCACAACCCAAACCCCCAACAGCUGGCAAGGAAACCAAAGAUUGCAGCAAGAAAACAGGAAGGGUAACUCCUGAUGAAAGUGGCAGACAAGUGGUGAGCACAAAAACAGGGGACACAACCAAGCUGAGUGCUGAUGGGCAGACAGAGUCUCAAGAGCAGAGUUGUCUUUCCCUUGCAGCAGGGUUUCCCCACUUUGCCAGCUCAUACAUGAGGAACUGGGGACGUGAUACAUUUAUUGCAUUGCGGGGACUCUUGUUGCUUACGGGAGAUACGACGAGGCCAGGUAAACUCAAAAAGUUUUUGUUCUCCAGAUUCAUCAUACUUGCCUAUGGGGGGUGCUUGCGCCAUGGUCUGAUUCCCAACCUGCUCAACGAGGGGCCAGGGGCCAGGUACAACUGUCGGGACGCUGUCUGGUGGUGGCUCCAGGCUGUUCAGGACUACUGUAAGAUGGCACCGGGCGGCCUCUCCAUUCUCCAGGACCUCGUGUCACGUCUCUAUCCCCAGGAUGACUCUCCGGCCCAAGCACCUGGAGUCUGUGACCAGCCCCUGCACCAGGUGAUCCAGGAGGCACUGCAGUGUCACGCAAGGGGAAUUAAGUUUGUGGAACGCAAUGCUGGAAAACAGAUUGAUGAACAGAUGACAGAGCCGGGGUUCACAGUGGAGGCUGGAGUGAAGUGGGACCUGGGGUUUGUGUACGGAGGUAAUGAGCACAACUGUGGCACCUGGAUGGACAAGAUGGGCAGCUCCCAUAUAGCUGAAAACAAGGGCAAGCCUUCUACACCCAGGGAUGGCUCUGCAGUAGAGCUGAUUGGUUUGUCAGCGUCUGCGCUCCUGUGGUUGGAUGGUCUGCACAAGUCGGGACAUUACCCCUACAACUCUGUCACAAGUUACUUCAAUGGAAAUGAAGAAGAAAUCACAUUCAAGGAGUGGCAUGACAUGAUCCGGUACAACUUUGAGCCAUGUUUCUGGGUGAACACUGACCCUGUACCUGACGAGGUGGCCCCUGAACUGAUCACGCGGCGCGGCAUCUACAAGGACUGCUACUACGCGACUCAGUUCUGGACGAAUACGCAGCUACGGCCUAACUACCCGAUAGCCAUGGUUGUGGCCCCAGAGUUGUUCACCCCUGAGAGAGCAUGGACAGCAUUGAACUCCGUGCAACAUGUGCUGCUAGGACCCCUAGGAAUGAAGACACUAGAUCCACAUGACUGGAGUUAUGUCCCCUACUAUGACAACACUGUGGAUGGGACAGAUGCCAAGAUUGCCAAAGGGUUCAGCUACCACCAAGGCCCAGAGUGGGUUUGGCCUAUUGGGUAUUUCCUGCGGGCAAAGCUGAUGUUUGCCAAGAGGCUGGAGUCCUCUAGACCAGGAAUCCUCAAGGAGACUGUUCUGUUCAUCCGGACCACCCUGACCCGACACUACGAGGAGGUCAUGAGGUCAGACUGGAGGUCACUGCCGGAACUGACAAAUCACGGUGGAGAGCCUAAUCACUUUGGUUGCCCGGCCCAGGCCUGGUCUGUGUCAUGUGUGCUGGACGUACUGUAUGACCUUGAGAAAUUGGAGACCCCCGUCACCCUGCAGCCUAGCAAGUCUACUGACAACCUCACAAUAGCACCUGUGUGAAUGGAGGGACAACCCGACCAUAGCACACAUGUGAUAGGAGAGCCCAGCCAGUCCACUGACAACUUAACCAUAGCACCCGUAUGAUAGGACAGCCCAGCAAGUCCACUGACAACCUGACCAUAGCACCUGUGUGUUAGGACAGCCCAGCAAGUCAACUGACAAUCUCACCAUAGGACCUGUUUGAUAUGAGCUUGCAGCCAACCAUGUUUACUGACAACCUUACCGUUGCUCCGGUGUGAUACGGUGUGAUAGGGGGAUUUCUUCUUAUUAUUAUCCCCACGCUUUUUCAAAAGCGUGGGGAUAUUGUGGUUAUCUCUGCUGUCCGUCUGUCUGUCCGUCCUGGCCACUAUCUCCUCCUACACUAUAAGCACUAGAACCUUGAAACUUACACACAUGAUAGCUAUGACCAUAUGUGCGACCCUGCACUAUUUGUAAUUUGGUCUGACCCCUGCGUCAAAAGUUAUGGGGGUUAGGAUGGGGCCAGGUCAGAGAUUUUCACUCAUUUUUUAUGUUAUUUUACAUUAACUUCUUUAUUUCUACACCCAUUUACUUCAAAUUGAUACUGAACAUCUCUUAUGACAAUGCAGUCAAACUCAACUUUGCAUGGCCCCAUUACCAACCCUGGGGCGCCCCGCCCACAUAGACCACACCCACCCAAAAUUGCCUUUUACUAUAACUUCUUCAUUUCUUCACUGAUUUACUUCAAAUUGAUACUGAACAUCUCUUAUUACAAUACGGUCAAUUUCAACUAUGUAUGGCCCCAUUACCAACCCUGGGGUGCCCCCGCCCACAUAGACCACGCCCACCCAAAAUUGCGUUUUACUAUAACUUCUUCAUUUCUACACCGAUUUACUUCAAAUUGAUACUGAACAUCUCAUAUGACAAUAUGGCCAAUCUCAAUUAUGCUUGCCUUCAUUACCAACCCUAGGGCGCCCUCGCCCACAUAUACCACGCCCACCCAAAAUUGCCUUUUACUAUAAAUUCUUAAUUUCUACACCAACUUACUUCAAAUUGAUACUGAACAUGUCUUAUGACAGUACGGUCAAUCUUAACUAUGCAUGGCCCCAUUAUCAACCCUGGGGUGCCCCCUGGGUCAAACAUGCGGCGUGGGGAUACGCGUCCGCCUCUGCCGCACCAUUUCUAGUUAAGAUUACUAAGUCCACUGACAACCUCACAGUCUUACUAAUGUGAUGAGAAAGAUUGUUAAAACUGAUUUUAUUAGAUUCAAACAAGACAACUGAAAAGGUCACAGUGGAACCGGUGUUAUAAAAGAAUUUAAACCUUAAAAUAACUGUGAAAUAAACCAUUAUUAACUUGUCUUUUUGUUUACUGUAUAUGCACUGGGCUGUACGUACUCUAUUGUAAAGAACCAGUUACCCCAAAUACGUUUUGCUGAUAUUUAGACAAGGAUCAAAUAAACAAAUUGGUUCAAGUCUGUGAGCAUUAAAGAACUAAACAUUGUUAUAAUUGAACAUAGUCCAAUAUUUUGUACAACUGGACCUAGUUUGAUGCAUUUUACUCUCUAAGAUGCAAAUAUAUGUUAGGCUGCCCAUGAAUGGUUAUACAUAAUUAAAGGUAGAUUUGGGACUUUAGUAGGCUUGUUAAAUGUUGAACAAGAAUGUUGUUUAAAGAUUAAAAACAACAUUAUGAAAUAUGUGUGCUCGUUCUCGAGCAGUGUAAAUGCUUAAUGGAUUUUUUAUACACUAUAUUCCAAUAGUCAUAUACUUUGUAUAUACAGUAUUCAGAAAUAUAUUGCUAUAUUUUAAUAUUUAGAUUUUGUAUACUAUAAUCAAGUAUACAGUAUUCAGAAAUAUAUUGCUUUAUUUUAAAUUUUUAAUAUUUAAAUUUUGUAUACUAUAAUCAGAAAAUUGUUUGUUAAUGGUACUACAUUUUGUUUAUUAUGUUUUAAUUAAAAUGUUAUGUGAUACAUUGCCAUAGGGCAUUUAUAUUUCAUUACCAGUAAGUAAAUAUAUGUCCAUCCCUUGAAUGCCAAAAGCACAUGUGCUGCCACAGUAGAGAUCCAUGUCUGGUUUUCAUAGGGCAUGGGCACUAUUUGUCUUCUUUGUUGACUUGUUUGAAGUCUUAUCCCACUGACAUUUGCUGAGAAUCAUUUGUGUGUUUAAUACUAUACAGUAAUAUGUCUUUGCUUGUUGAUACAUUUUUUUGUGCUUUUUGUGUAAAAAUGGUAAUGUUAUGAAAAAAAAAACUUACUCAAAAUUAGAGAAUUUUUUUCCAUCUUAAUAAACAACAUUUUGAAAAAUGUUUCAUCAUAAGAAUAUGUCAUUAUUUUUAUGUUUUUUUGUUGGUAUUUAUGUUACUCAUAUAGUUUUGUUUGUCUGUGCAGUGUUUUAUUUCCUCAUUCAGGAUUGAAUAUGGCUGUGCAUUUAUGUAGACUUUGACACUAUUUCGUCUGCAGUUCACAUGACACACAUAAGGAUACUUAAUAAGAAAUAUAUAUUUCUAUGUCAUUUUAUAUAGAGAAUAUUAUGUGAGUUUUGGAUAAAGAUCAAGUUUAUCAUGCGAGGCUUAGAACCGAUGUAUCCAAAACUCACAUAAAAUUCUAUUUAUCCUAUUAUUUUGUGGUCGUUUAUCGUUCAAAAAGACUAAAAAUAUUUUUAAAUUCAAUGAAACAGCGCUGGUUUUCCAAGUUGACUCAGAAGUGUUUGUUUACUUCAACGUCAUCAGUUGCUAUGACGUCACAUUGAAACAUAUAGUGUUCUUAAGAUAGAGAUCGGAAAACCAUGAUCUAAAAAUAGCGAUAGUAUAAAGCUCAUGUUUAUACGAUCGUUGUUGUACUAUCGAUUUUCAUCUGGUAAUAGGAUAAAAUGUAUUAUAGUAUUUGCGUUGACUUAAGAAAUGUGUAUUUGGUGCACAAUUUCAAUAGAUUUACAAACUUGUGUAAAAAGCUUUAGAUAUGGUGCAAGAUUUAACCUCAAAUAAUAUUACAUUUAUUGAAACUACAUUUUAUUUCUGGUAUUAUGAUCAUGUUCUAUAGUGCUUCAUUAUUAAUGCAGGCAUCGGAUAUUAAAUUAAUUCGAGUGAACUUUCUAUAAGCUUUCAAUUCAUUUACGCUUUGCCAAUAUUUUCACUAAAUGCAGUGCUGGUUUAUACUGGAAUGUGUUUUUGAAUUGUUUGUCUAAUCAAUAGUUUUGUACUCAUUUUUACUGAACAGUAUUAUUGGACUAUCUGUCCGUUGUUUUUAAAUCAUAUCAUAUCAAUGUUUAUGACGAUUUUAAAACUCCUUUACACAAUGACCUUAGUCUGAUGUACUCAGCCUGUGCUGAUUUGUACUUGAUGCUGUUAACAAAGGACACAUCAAAACGUAUCCCUUGAGAACCCUAAUCUACAGACUAGGUCAAUUAAAGUCAAGGCACACAAACACUGUGUUCUAUCUUCAAGGCUGUCCUAUCUCAUUCUUCAUGAACUUUAAACUGUAUAGCUACUAAAAUUUGCCAGGAGUUUAUCCUGAAAAAUCAAUGAAGUUUUAAUUUAACACUUAAUACUUAGCCAGAUCUAAUUAUAGGGAUGUGCAGUGCACAAGAAUUUAAGUCUGACUUUCAUGUUUUUAGAGUUGACAAUUAUUUAUUUUUUAUUAUAAAUUUUCUCUGUAGCAUAUCUUAAAAGUUAUAAGAGGUAUGAUUUUGAAACUGAAUAGGUCGGUAUAUCUCAUGAAUGGGAUGUGUUAUGCAAAUGAAUUCUAUCUCUUGUUAUUGCCGUUUGUUAUUGUAUUACAUUUAAAUUUUGAGUGGGGCAUAUCUUGCAAACUAUACAAGGUAUCAACUUUACAUUUCAUAGGUAAUUACAUCUGCAAACAGGAAGUGCAGUGCACAAGAUUCAUUACUCCUGUUUUCAUUAUUUCACAAUAAUGUUGAGUGUGAAUGUUCAUGUUAAAAUAUUUCCAGGGCUUAUCUAGAUUAUGAUAUGAGGUAUGGAUGGUACUGCUUUGGUUGUAUUUCAACAAAAAAGGAGAACUCAUAGUCAAGGCAUGUUAUUGUGUAUAUACAAAAGGACUAGCGUUGUUGACUUGAAAUAUGAUCUGCUGUUAUUUUGCUGUGAUAUUAUCCCAUCAAUUUUUAAUCAUUUUGGCAAGAUCUGUAUACAAAAGUGUUUAAUUUUCAAUAAUAGAUGAACUAGAAAAUCCCUAGUUACAGCCCCUUGUAAGUAAUAUUGUUACCAUGGAAUACAUGUAUUCAACAACAAAUACCAACUAUUUAUUUUAUUCAUAUUCUGAACAAAUAAUUUAUAAUAUGCAUAUUGUAGAAAAACGGCACUUUAAAUAGAUAAGUUAAGGGAGGGCAAAAUUAAUGCAGUGAAACUAUAUCUUUACUAGUUGUUUUUAAAGAUUAUUUUUUUGAAAUUUUCAACACUUUAUUAAAAAUUAUAAACUAACUGAAAAACUGUAAGCAAUUGAUCUUUAUUAUAGGUUAAAACUACUUUUUAAAAUAUUGUACAUAUAAAUACAAACAUAAAACAUAUUUGUGAGACUGACUGUACCGAGCAAAGAUGUCUGUUUGCAGGUGACACUUGUAUACAUAUCGUAUCACAAUGAUAUAAGUAAUAUAUCACAUUCUAGCUUUAUUCAUGUGCUGUUUUGAUGGGUAUUUUUAGGUCAUAUUUCAAUUUUUGGAAACUUACAAGACAGUGUGCGUUGGUGCUCAUUUUCGUAAAGUUACUAGUCUAUACUUUCUGUUAUUUGUUUUAUAAAUAUUUCAUCACGAAACAUGUGUCACGAGUUUUGUUCUGCCGUCAGCAUCAAUACUCAUAUCUGACGAGGUGCCUAGUUUCAUUUAUGAUGAAGCUUCUGUUGCAACAGGGAUUGUUUCCUUGUUAACAAAUAAACGAUGUCGACUACCGAUAGAUGUUUUUGCUUCCUUUCCUGUAUAUGUUUGGUACCAUAGAGUGUGCUAUAUCCUAAUAUAAUAAAGUGUAUGAAUAAACCGAA